GAUUUCAUUGUUUAGACCUUAGAUUAUUUUCUUUUUAUGAGUACUAGGAUUUUUUCAAAACGACUGAAAAAUGGUAGACAGUAUGUCUUCUUUGUCAUGUUCGGAAAUUACGCGAAAUCCAUUCGAUAGUGGGAUAGAAAACCGCACAAACUGCCCAGACUUUAGUCCUUCCAUGUUCUCCAUUCAAGAAACGCCGGGAAGUCAAAAGAAACGACGAAGUUUUCGAUGGUCAAUUGGGCAGAUUUCACGGUUGAAUCCCGCUGAUAUUGAAGAAUUUCCAGAUCAGGAAUACAGCACCACAUUUGAAAAGGAAGAAGAUGAAAUUGCUGCUCAAGAAAAAAUAGAUGAGUAUUUCUCUCAAAACUUUAUUGUUCCAUCUCCAUGGACACCAAACCAUGAAGCUAAACAUGUUAAGUUCUCUCCUCUUCCACCUGCUACUGCAUAUAUUGAGGCUGUAAGUUCAAUGGAAUCAUCCUCUUCAUCACCAUUGCCAUCAACUAGCAAAGUAAAAGCUGAUGCAAGCUGCCAAACAAAGCUUUCUUUACCACCAGACUUUGAUCUACAAAGUCACAUUGACUCAGUUCAUUAUAAUCAGGAUGGUCUCAAUGGCAGUAAAGAUAUUUCAUUGUCAUCAUUGAGACGGAAACUUUUCACACAAACUGAAACAGAAACUGUGCCCGAGAAGGAUCAUUUGAUGGUGCCCACCAAUAUAAAAUCCAUCUUAAAGAGUCCUAAAAGUCCUGUUUUUGUGACUUCAAGUCCGGUAUCUGACCAAUCAACCCCAAGAUACACUCUACGUCAAAGGCAUUCCACAGCUAGCACCAUGUCCAGUCCAAACAUGUCUCCAAUAAAACCUUUACCCACUCUCCAAGAGACACCCAUAUCGGCAAGAAGGGGGUGUCUCUCAAGACAAAGCUUUAGCCCGAUGGACUGUUCACCAGAUGUGUUUGAGUCUUCUGGAAUUGAAAUUAUAGGCGAUGUUCUUCCGGAUCUGUCACCGAUAAAAGCCAACAGCCGAGGAAGAUCAACUGCAGUCGUAGAAAAAUUGUUUACAAAAUCAACUUUUCAUAAUUAUCGUAGCAUCCAGUACUCUACUAUCAACAACAAAGAAGAUCCUAAUAAUUCAGUUGAUGAUGGUGGUCCUCUAGAAGUAUCAGCCCUCUCCACAAAGGAAGACAGUAAAGAAGAUGACUUGGAAAAGAAAGAAGAACAUGUCAUUGAUCAUGAUGAUGAUGAAGAUGAGGAGAUGCCACCAAGGAUCACAAUGGAGGACUUAGCUGAUAAUUUAGAUUCCACAGAUGAUGAAAAAGUGAACAAUCAAAGCACCGAUUCUCCAGAAUUACAGUUCACAGAAUCAUCUCCUAAGGUGAUAUCAGACCUAGGGGAAAACAAAGAGGAAGAUUUGGAUGCCAAGGGUGAUGAAAGGGAUGGAACAAGAGUAGAGAAUAGUAGAACAGAAGUUGAAAAAAUAAACCAAGAAUCAGAGUUUGAUAGACAUGGACAGGAUGAACAUUCAAGGCCAACCACAGACUUUCAGUCGGGACAGCAUGAGUCCUCUACCUAUAGAAAUUCUCAAGCAAUGGAUUAUAGCCAUACCAAGCGCUACCACAGAUCUAUUCACCUUAACGAACUUGACGAAGAUGUGAUUAUCAUGAGAGCAAAGGUUGCGUUAAGAAGAGCCAAUAGGCUAUCUCCAACUAAAAGUUUAAGCAGUUUCUCAUUUGAUCCCCAAAGCUUAACACUGUCUGAUUUAAGUUUGAAUGGUUCAGCUGUAUGGGACCCAGUCAGAAUGUCAACACCUGUAGUUACUGAGUCAGGUAUGUCCAAUGCAUAUAGAAAUUAUACCAGAGAUAAUGACAGUCACCAUAGCUACAAAUCCUACAGCAGAUCACAUCAGUAUAAAGGUGCUGGAGUAACCUAUACUGACGAGUCUGGACUUGGUAGAAGUGAAGGAGAAAUGCCUUUGUAUAGCUCCCGUGGAAUCUCUGGGAAGAGGCUGUCUCCAGCUCCAGCAGUGGAAGACAUACAAUGGAGAAAACAACAUGGAGAUUUUGAAAGGCACUACCCGUUAUUCUAUUCCUGGAAAAAGCCCAGUUCUCCAUUAUUUUCCUCUCAGAAUUACAGAAAAUGGCAACUUUCCCAAACACAUCCAAUGUCGUAUGUGGAAUGGAAAGCUCUAUACUGGAGACCGCCACAAGAUGUCUUUGGGUGGAGAAAUGGUCACCCAUAUCACACUGACCGACAUGGUUAUGAUGCAGACUUCAAGAGAUCAUCUUGGCCAUCAAGACCUGUUUCAUCAAAGCUGAUCUAUGGUUCACGCCCUCUGUCCCCCCCUGUGACCUUCCCGCCAGCAAAGUUUCCCAGAGCAGUUCCAGGGGGAUUUGUGUCAAAGAUUGCCUUGCCUUCCUACCAAGAUAGUGACAGUGGCUACUCUGAAUGGUCACGCAGCAUCAGUCGGAAGGAGAACAUUUUAAAAAGUCAACACAGUUCCUCAGGAUUUGCCAGAGAUCGCCACUAUUAUUACUGAAAGAAAAAAUAACCCUUUAACUCCAAGGAGUGAUUAAUUAACAUGUAACUUCUUCCCAAAAUAUCCAUAUCCAGGUACUAGAUUUUAACUUGAUCUGACACCAAAUUCUUGCAACCAAUUUCUAAGGAAAUGUACAGCUGCUAGUGAGGAGAAUUUAUAAUUCGAUCUUGGAAGUUAAAGGGUUAAGUAAGACCCAUUCGAUUAUAGUGUAGUGUGUAUCCAUUUUAGAAGAUAUAUCCUUUCUAUCAGGCUCAUUCAACAGGACAAAGGCCAUGGAAUUAUAAGCAAAUAGCUAUCACCUACACAGAUGGGUGUUACUCUUAUAACACGAUAAUGCAUUCAUUAAAAUGGAUCAGUAUAAGAAGGUUGUAUUAAUUUUUAUCACACCAAGUAUGUGUUAGUCAAAGAUCACACCAUUCACAGAAGAAUUUUUAAUACCCAAUAUUACACAGUCAUGUAUGAUAACACAACUGAGUGAAAAGCACAUGUAAACCUCAUUUACACUACAAUUUGUUUUAACUUAAGCCCUCGCCACCUUUGUGUGUUUUCCUGUUGAUACAUGUAUCCUUUUGAUCUAAAUGCUCCUUGGAUACUUUCUUGUUGACGUUUGCCAAUCUUCACUAUGAAAGAGAGGUUUGGGAUUUAAAUUUGCUAUUCUUUCUUAAACAUGCAGAAGGUUCUUACCCAAAAUUUACAAAGAGUAUUUGGUACUAAUCUUUUGUUUAAUAUUAUUGUUAUCAUGAUUAUUAUCAUUGUUACCAUUAUUAUUAUUAUCAUUAUUAUGAUUUU